AGGGAUGGAGGCGGAGAGAGAGGGAUCGGAGUGGCGGCGGCGGCUGCAGCCGCGCACAAAAGGGACGGCCGUGUGAGCACCGUCCGUCGCUUCCUCGCCGGGUCGACGGCCACCGGAAGAGUUAAAGGAGGCGCAGCGCUUGAGCAGGUUUCCAAGGGAGUCCGGCGGCCGGGUCGGAAAUAGACCAUGAGGAGGCUUCACUCGGGAUGGUGCUGGUUAUGGCUGCUGCGCUCCACGCUCUGCGCCACUGGUCCAGGGGAGAAAGGGACCAAGACAGGAAAUGGGCUGCCCGCCUCCGUGCCCUCCGCCCCGGAGACACUGCCUCGCUUCCUGACGGAGCCGGUCAACUCCUACAUUGUGAAGAACAACCCCAUUAAGCUGUGGUGCAAGGCUAUGCCGGCUAUGCAGAUCUUUUUCAAGUGCAACGGAGACUGGGUUCAUCAGGAUGAACACUGGACCGCGGAGAGUCUGGAUGAACACACAGGAAUGAAGAUUCACGAGGUUCUCAUCAACGUGUCGAGACAACAGGUGGAGGAUUUUCACGGGCCAGAGGAUUACUGGUGUCUGUGUGUGGCCUGGAAUCAGCUGGGGACGAGCAAGAGCAGAAAAGCCACUGUCCGAAUAGCAUAUCUGCGGAAAAACUUUGAGCAAGAUCCACAAGGGAAGGAGAUUCCACUGGACAGGAAAAUUAUCCUCCACUGCAGACCUCCAGAGGGAGUUCCCACAGCAGAGGUUGUGUGGUUGAAGAACGAGGAGUCUAUUGACCUGGAGCAGGACACUAACAUCCACACGGCCCCUGACCACAGUCUGACCAUUGAGCGGACGAGGCUUUCGGACUCAGGAAACUACACUUGCUUGGCGUCAAAUGUGGUCGCCAGACGCCGCAGCGUAGCGGCCACACUCGUCGUGUUUGUGAACGGCGGGUGGUCCACGUGGACGGAGUGGGGGCCGUGCAGUGUGCGGUGCGGCCGAGGCUGGCAGAAGAGGACCCGUACCUGCACCCACCCGGCACCCCUCAACAGGGGGGCUUUCUGCGAGGGUCUGUCUGCCCACAGGAUCGUCUGCAGCUCCCCCUGCCCAGUGGACGGAGGCUGGCAGGAGUGGAGCCGCUGGUCGGCGUGCGGUUUGGAGUGCGUCCAGGAACGUUUCCGCGCCUGCCUGGCUCCCCCCCCUCAGCACGGCGGCAAGAUGUGCGAGGGAGCAAACCAGGAGGCGCGUAACUGCACAGAGGGGCUGUGCAUCCAGAACCACAAACGGCUACAAGAAGUGCAGCCUCAAAGUAUCGACACUAACAGUGACGUGGCACUGUAUUCUGGGCUGGGCACAGCGGUGCUGGCUGUGGCAAUGCUGGUGGUUGGCAUCACGGUGUACAGGAGGAGUCAGAGUGACUAUGGCGUCGACGUAAUUGACUCGUCUGCCCUCACUGGGGGGUUUCAGUCAUUCAACUUCAAGACUGUGAGACAAGGUAAUUCUCUGCUUCUGAACUCUUCGCUGCAGCCUGACCUAACAGUGAGUAGGACCUACACUGGGCCAAUCUGCUUCCAAGACCCAGGAGAUAAAGACAUAAAGACUGAGUCUCCCCUGUUUGACUCCUUGCCGGGCAUCAAGGUGAAGGUACAGAGCUCCCUGAUGGUUUCCCUGGGAGUCGGCGGAGGAGUGAAGUAUCACAGCAAAGGGCCCUCAAGGACGUUUCCUCGUCACAGCAGCAAAGCCCUGGAUAAAGCCGCAGCUGAAAGUAACUCCUCGGGCCCUCACCACCUCAUGGCGGCCUCCAUGGUUCUGCACACGACCUCGGGUACGUUCGGCUGUCUAGGCGGGUGCCUGAUCGACCCCGUUCAAGGAGUCAGCAUGGUCGUUCCGCUCGGGGCCAUUCCCGAAGGCAAUUCCUGGGAACUGUACGUCGUGAUCCAGGACCGAGAGUCCAGUUUGCAGUUGGAAGGAGCUGAGACUCUGUUGAGUCCGGAGGUAUCUUGUGGUCCAUCGGGAUUAACCCUGUCCUGCCCCAUCGCCCUGACUGUCCCACACUGUGCUGUGAUGUGCUCCCAACAGUGGAACAUUAAGCUGAGGAGACGGGUCACCCGGGGAAAGUGGGAGGAAGUCAUGUCGCUGGAAGAUGAGUCCACUUCUUGUUACUGCCUGAUGGAGGCGGUCUCCUCCCACAUCCUCCUGGAGCAGCUCGGCACGUACGCGCUGGUGGGCGAGGCCCUGACGGAGAGCGCAGAGAAGAGGCUGAAACUCGCCAUCUUCGGCUCCGAGUCCUGCGACGCCCUGGAAUACACCUUCCGCGUGUACUGCAUGAACGACACCCCGAGCGCACUGCAGGAGGUACUGAGGGAGGAGCGAAACCAUGGCUGCCAACUACUGGAACAUCCCAGGACUUUACCUUUCAGAGCAAACUCUUAUGGCCUUCAAGUCUCUCUCCUGGAUAUGCCCCAACUCUCGUGGAGAACUAAGCCACCAGCUGCACUUCAGCAGGAAUUUGCCUUUUCCCACAUUUGGUGCAGUAACCAGCGGCCUCUGUCUUGUGCCUUCACCGUGGAGAAAUUCAGCUCCACCAACGCCCAACUCUCCUGCAGGAUCCGCGUCCAACAGCUCAAAGGCAGCGAUCAGACCUUCCACCUCUGUCCGUGCAUCCUCAAGAGUCAGAGAGAAGCGGUUCAAUACCAAGCACAAAUGGGCAGCUCGGUGACCAGCUUGCCCGGCCCCAAAGUUUUUAAGAUCCCUUACUCCAUCCGACAGAAAAUCUGCUCUACAUUUGAUGUCCCCAGCGCGUCAGGCAAAGACUGGCGCCUGUUAGCACAAAAACUGCACAUUGACAGGAACCUGAGCUAUUUUGCAAUGAGAAGCAGUCCGUCCAGUGCCAUCUUAGACAUCUGGGAAGCCCAGCAUCAGAAUGAUCGAGACCUGGACUCCUUAGCCAGUGCCCUGGAGGAGAUUGGGAGGAUCCAGGGUUCAAACCCCGUCAGAGCGGACGUCAAAGAGAAGACAGACUACAACUACGGUGGUUGAGGUGGGGGAAUAGCUGGUCUGAGGAGAUAAACUGAAACCAGCUUCGCUCGCCCCACUCAAAGGAACGAUUUCUCAGGAAAUGCAAAAAAAAAAAAGGUUUAAUGUCCAGAUGUUUGGAUGCGUAUGUACAUAAGGAAUCAGUAUAUAUAUAUAUAUAUAUUUCCAUUAAGGGUGCACCAGUUACUGCUAAUUGUAUCAAUUAAUCAUCAAAUUAUUUGAUUGAAAUUUGCGACGUUACGGACAUUCAACUCUCUCUGAGUGCGUUGAAUGUCAAUUGGAUGUGUGUAAGGCACUGCCGUGUGGCCUCGUGGUUAGAGCACUCGCCUCGCAAGCCAGAGGACCCGGGUUCGAUUCCCGACACGUUAGGCAAUUUUUCUUCACUCCCCGCGCUACACGCCUCUGUUUACCAAGCGGUACGUAGGUUGUUAUUCGAU